ACGGCGGGACUCAGCCGGUAGAUGAAGGAAGAGGGCGGUGUUGUGGACAAGUCCACCCGGGGGCUGGGAUCAGGCUUGGGGGCGUCCCCUGCUCUCCUUCAGCUCUGGGUACGAAGGUUGGACCGGCAGUGAAGAGCUGAGGUGGCUGACCGUCGUCACGUGGUGCUGCCUGCUUGAUGGAGGCUGAGCAGGGAGGAAGGAGGCGAGCCCCUUUCUCUUUACGCGUCAGCAUCCCUUCAAAUUGCUGCUGUCACUUUCCAGCUGCAGACACGGACGACUGUGAAGCAAAAAAUAUUCUAAACAAAUGUUGCUAUUUUAAUCAAGCGGGUCCUUUUUUCCCCUGACGACAAGCAUGUUUAACGGAGGGAGGCUGGAGCCCGGCCAGGAAGAAUAGCCUAGCGAUGUUCAAGGCAUCUUGUCCCAGGAGUUGACAUCCUCAAAGCUGGCUUCGAGACACAGAAAUGCUCCUUUAAGACACCAGCAGGUCGAGUUUUCCUGAGCUGAGGGUUUUGGUGUGGCAGAGUUUGAGCUCGAGUGGAAGUGAGUGGGCGUGAGAGGAAGCGUGUGUCAUGGCUGACAGCGAAGGGACAAACCUCGAGGACCCUCCCUACAAAAACCUGCUGCUCCUGGGGGCCAUCGCGGCAGCGUCGGCCUUCGUGGUCACCAUCCUCAUCGUGCUCGUCUGCGUGGGCUGUCAAAGAAAAAGCAAGAGCAAGCAUCCCUCGGCAGGAGAGAAAGGGACAUCUGUAAAUAUGCAGGGUACCCUUCGACAUCCUAAACUGAACUCCAUGAGCAAAUCGGAUACCAGGCUGCAUGAGAUCAAUCGCUUUCCCUGCAAUGGAAACUCCGUUAGUAAGAGCCGCCCAGCCAGCAUGGACCUCCUGCUCCUCCACAGUCGGCGCUCCCAGACCGACGUGGGACCCUCCCAAGGGCGCCAGCUUCCACAGAUCCCCACAAGUCCUCAAGGGUCCAGCCAAGGGGCAGAAGGGGACAUUGGAGGCGAUGGGGGAGUAGUUGAGACCAGAGACCACACCUACACUGAGGUGGGCUUGAGGAAUAAUCCAACUCCGACCCACGGCCUGGACGACGGACUGUAUGAGAGCGUCAGUGUUCGGGAAGGUGACAAAGCACCCAUUGCUCCAACACCGCCAUCAACUAACACCCAAGCCUCCACCAGGGCUGCCCAAAGCCCGCCUGCUCAGGCCAACGGAGCCCGCAAUGGCAAUGGAAAUGGUGGCAGAGGGAAUGGCGCCAUUAUUAAUGCGACGGCUGGGCGAAGUAACGGGGGAAGUGGGGUUAACAGGUCCCCCCUGACCUCUGUCAACUUUUUGGCCAUCCAAGAACCAAACGCAGCAGACUAUGCCUCAAUACGGAAGUUCAGAAAGGUUGACAAGACAAACAGGAAGGAAAAUAACGGGGCCGACAGUCAGUCAGACAGCCAAUCCAGCGUGAGCGAUUCACCCUCGGCAGCUCCUCCGCAACUACAUCGCUGUCAGGAGGGUCCACGCAAGACCCCGGAGCCGUUUCACCUGCCCUCCUUCCCAAAGGAGCCAGUGUUCAUGGGCAAUGGCGAGCAGUAUAUCUGGAAGCCACCGGAGGAGGACGAGAUCAUCACCUUGCACCCGCCCCCACACCACAUAGAGAACGGACAGGGUCACCCGUUGCCCCCGACUGCAAAAGAGAUCGCAGACACCUAUUCCAUCGUGUGCAAAACCCAGAAGAAAAGACCCCCCAUGGAGAACAAUGGGGCAAAGACUCUGCCGCGCUCAUUCGGUGGGGACAAAGGAAAAGGUCGGGGCAGAGGAGUCCAGGCCCAGGCGCGGUCCCAGGAGGAGCCGUGCUAUCAGCCGUCGGGAGACAGGUCCUGGCCGGAGUACGCAGCGGCCGAACCUGACCCGGCGUAUGCCACCAUUGACAGCCAUCGUAAGCGUGAGCCGGCGGGCGCCAGUAACAGCGCAGCCAGUGGUGCUGCCACGCUUAAGAGGAAAAAGCAGCAGACACCAUCAGCUGCACCUCAGGGCUCGGCAUCCAACCCCCUGCCUGUCAGAGGCCUGCCUGGGGGAGAUAACUUCUACGAGACCAUCAGUGAUGUGAAAGGAGGCAACAGCUCCAGCACCACCACCAUUUUCACCUUCAAUGACGGGAUGGAGAUGUAUGUCACAGGCCUGUAGCUGGCUGAGGUCACUUCCUUUGAACCGACAAAGUGACGAUCAAAUGUGUUGACAUCAGGUACAAACAGGGUUUUAAUCCAGGUUCAGACUUUCCUUCACUCGUCUGUAGUUCAGAUCCCCCCUCAGCCCUGCAAGGACAAAGAUGUUCAAGCAAACAAACACAAAUUGAACUGGAAUAUACAUCUUUAAAAAUAUUGCAUCACUGACCUUACUCAUGUUUUUGUGAGUCAUCAUUUUCCAUCAUAUCUUUAUUUUUGUAUGAACAAUGUUUCUUUGGUGUGGUGUGUCUCACAACUUAAGCACAUUUUGAAUACAACAUAUGUAUAGGAAAUGUACAUGCAUGCAUUGUGCGAGCCACAGAGAGCUGCAGUUUACAGUACGAUGCAGGCUAGAAGAUGUAAUAUAAGCAGAUGGAUGUCACAGAGAUUUUUUCGGAGCUCAGCUUAACCUAAGUAAACAUCAGAAACAGGUUCCCUAUGCACACUGACCUGUUGCCUAGCAGGGAGCGUAGAGAUGUUUUGUUCAAACAAAACUAGGCCUGCUCAAACUCAAAUGUAUAUGAAGGCCACUGUCCCCAUUUCACAAAGCACCAUCGAUGUGCCCUAAACAUAUUAAGUCAUCAAUGGCCGCCCUCAGCUGUGUUUGUGUUGGUCAUCCUCAAGAUAAUUAUUAGAUCAGCUCAGAUUUGACUUUGUGUUGCUGGAGGCAUGAUGACACAUCUUACACACACACAUGUGCGCGCACACACACACACACACAUUCAUUCAUGCUUGGCAGAGUUUUACAAGGUAAAGCCAUCCAGUCAGAGUGUUGGGCAAGAGUGAUACGGGGUGACAGAUUUCACAAUGCAAGAUUGUGUCCGCCGUGUAAGAGAGAUACCUGCUUCCUUCUAAAGUACAACAAAAGAACACAAUUAUUUAAUCUCUCUUUUUUUUAUUGCAGGGAUAUUCAACUAAAUUAUUUUGGGGGACACAUUUCCAGAAAGUUAAGGACCGGGGGGCCGGACUUUUCCCUUCACUAUUAUUUUAGUUACAAGAGCGCUCUGCUGUUUUUAAGGACCUUCUGCCCAAAAGCUAGUCAAAGGUUAUUUAUGACAGCAUUUUAAGAAUCUGCUGCAAAAAUUUGAGUGUCUUACAAGUUUUUUUAAUUGACACACAAGUUGAAUAGCCCAAAUGAUGAAAAAGAGAUGACCUAAAAUGGAACCUUGAGGAACACCACUAGUAUAAUAACUAAGGAAGUUGAACCAAUGACUACUGACUGCAUCUGAAGUAAACAAGCUACAGCGCACCUUAGUUACAGGAAUCACAUUACGAAAACAAAGUUGUAACUUCCAAAAAGGAGAGGACUUAAAGGGGUGCCUUGAGGAACGCCUCAGUUCUGUAAAUCACAAGUUCGGAUCCCAGUGUUCUAUGUUUGCUAGCAAAGUUAAACUGUCAAUGCAAGGAUCUGCCAAUGUGGUCCAAGUUCCUCUGUACAACAUGAGCUCUGUAGUCUUUUUAGGAAUUUGCUGCACAAUUGUUUGUCUCCCACUGAAUCCGAGGGCCAGUGGUGUCAUUUUCGGGCCACCAGUCGAAUUGCUCUGCUUUAAAUACUAUUUUAUGAUCAUUGUACUGUUGCACUAGUCAUUGUACUGCAGGAACGGCUGUCUUUAUUAUUGCUAUUCAUGUCCUGCGUUUGUUAUUUGGUUUGCUAGCAGGCUCCAAGUCAAAAGCUUCAUAGUUCUUGAGGCAUUCGUUUGCUCGUUGGAAUAGCAACAAGAAGUUUGGAAAAAACCACCGCGGAGUGUCCUUUGGACAAUUGCACCUCGCCCUGCACUCCUCAGCUAAAUCUUUUUCAUGUAGCCUUGGGGAGCAUUAAAAUGGUGGACAAAACACAACUUUAUGCGCGUAAUAAAAGGUUCUAAGGCUAUAGGGUGAUGAAGGAUCUCACUGUGAGGGAACCAAGCAGUUGUUGAGAAGGUCAGUAGCAUACAGUGUGAGAAGGUACGUCAAAGCAAUUGCACAAAUGUAUUUACUUGCACUCUUCUUUUUUUUUUCUCUCUGUUUUUGGACAAUGAAUAGCUCAUGCCACUGCCAUGAAACUAUAGUAUGUGUUGGUGCAAUUUCUCCUGCUUGAUCCAAAAAGUGCAUGCAUGAAUAUAUGGAGAUGAAACAAAUAUUGUGGUACUUUAUUGAUCUCUUUGUAAGUCUUAUGUUGUACUUUUUUUUGCCAUGUAAUGCACAGCAGCAUUUUCCUCCCCCAAAGUAGUAGUAUAAGUAAUAGAUGGAAGUGGGAUGUGGAUCACUGCAAAUGGACAGACCAGGCCGACCCUGCUCCUCCUCCUGAUGUGUGCUGCUGCAACGUUAGUGAGCCAUGUGCAUUUCCAGUUAAGGGGAGGAAGCACAUUUUCACCUCUGCUCCCUCCCCCAGUUGUGUUCACUCCCCAAUAACGGACACACAGCUCGCUUUUCCCUGCUGAGGAGGGGCUUUUUUAUUUUGAUGUCCACUUCUGAGGGACUAUGGGGGCGAACCAGGCCCAGUCUGUAGCAGCAACGCAACGUUGGCCUAUCUACUGUCUGAUACGGGAAAUAUCACGUUGAAUCCUUUUCUCCGACUUUGUGUCACAUAUACUUUAUCCUGAAACCAAGCACUGAUGCUAAUAGUUGGACAUUGCUGCACAAAUACAGUAUGAAUAUGUAAAUGUGUAAAAUACUGCGCUGCUGUUCUGAUGUUGUCACAGUGUAAUAUAGAGUAUGCAGUAUAUUUGUCGGGGGGAAUAAUGUUUAUCACAUUUGUGAAUGAAAAUUUUUUCCUGCUUUAAUGCACUUACAUAUGUUUUUUUUGUUGUUGUUAAUUAUCUUCAGAUAUUAAUAUGGGCCAAUACUGCUGUGACAGUGGUACUUAAAGCACAGGGUUUAGUUGGGAAAUAAUAUAUAUAUGCAUAUAUAUAUAUAUACAUACAUACAUACAU